CAACAGUCUUCAACAUCUCCUUUCUUAUGGUUAGUCUUGGUUUACCUUUACGACGAUAGUUGUAGAUCUCGUGUUAACCACGGUGUCGUGGUCGUCCUGAACUUGUUUGAUCAAAUAACUUAUGAUUAUGCUGGCCUAGUAGUAUAAUAGUCUCCUCUAGUACAAGUAAAAUAAGACCAAUGUUGUUCGAAACCAUGAGCAGCAGCUUUGCGAUGCAUGACGUGCUCCGUAGUUUGAUCUACUCGCUUGAGCAUGGUGCGGGACGAGGGCAAGCGAUUGGCAUUGGGCUCGGCAGGAAGUCUAGUUCUUUCGCAGUCUUGCAGCAAGAAUCAUCGAUGCCUGUUGAACCUGGUCCUGGACGUGGGUGCGGGGAUCAACAUAGUACCUGGAAACGUCGUUCUUCUGUGGAGGUUGUCAGAGGACGGCACAGCAGCAAUAUUGGAGGACGCAACAUCAGAGUGCACAUCACGGGUUUUGCGGCAGAAGAAGGACAUGUUGGCGAUGGAAGAGAAGGAGAAGGAACAGGAGAAGUAGGCACUAGUCCUUCUCGAGCUUCUUCACAGGAAGAGCGGAGCGCAAUCGCGGGAGAUUCUCCGCCUGAACCCGCGAAGAAAGGGGCACCUGCGGAGCCUCCGGUUGUCUCCACACCGAUGUCAGCGCCAGCAGCUUCUGAACAAGUUCUGCCACCCGCGCCACCGGCAGGCGAAGGCUUGCGACCC